GGGCGGGGGCGGCGGGCGCGGCUCGCGGGCCGGACACCUGAACUUGGGACAAGUUGCCGGAGUGGCGGGGCGCGGGCGGCGGACGGCCUGACCUUCAGCGCGAGGGAGCCCGCGCCCGCCGCCACCAUGGCCUCGCGCAUCGGGCUGCGGAUGCAGCUGAUGCGGGAGCAGACGCAGCAGGAGGAGCGGCGGGAGCGCAUGCAGCAGCGCGCGGCCCUGCACUACAUGCAGCCGCCGCCGCCGCUGCCACCUACCCCGGCCAUCAACACGCCCGUCCACUUCCAGUCGCCGCCGCCCGUGCCCGGGGAGGUGCUGAAGGUGCAGUCCUACCUGGAGAACCCCACCUCCUACCACCUGCAGCAGUCCCGCGACCAGAAGGUGCGCGAGUACCUGUCCGAGACCUACGGGAACAAGUUCGCGGCGCACAUCAGCCCCGCGCAGGGCUCCCCGAAGCCGCUGCCCGCCGCCGCCUCCCCGGGCGUGCGCGCCGGCCACGUGCUGUCCUCCUCGGCCGGCAACAGUGCGCCCAACAGCCCCAUGGCCAUGCUGCACAUCGGCUCCAACCCCGAGCGCGAGUUUGACGUCAUCGACAACAUCAUGUGUCUGGACAAUGUCUUGGGCUUCAUCAAUCCCGAGGCCCAGAUGCCCAACACGCUGCCCCUGUCCAGCAGUCACCUGAAUGUGUACAGCAGUGACCCCCAGGUCACAGCCUCCAUGGUGAGCGCCACCAGCAGCUCCUGCCCGGCAGACCUGACCCAGAAGCACGAGCUCACAGAUGCAGAGAGCCGGGCGCUGGCCAAGGAACGGCAGAAGAAAGACAACCACAACCUGAUUGAGAGAAGACGGAGGUUCAACAUCAAUGACCGCAUCAAGGAGCUGGGAAUGCUGAUCCCCAAGGCCAACGACCUGGACGUUCGCUGGAACAAGGGCACCAUCCUCAAGGCGUCCGUGGACUACAUCCGGAGGAUGCAGAAGGACCUGCAGAAGUCGCGGGAGCUGGAGAACCACUCCCGGCGCCUGGAGAUGACCAACAAGCAGCUCUGGCUUCGCAUCCAGGAGCUGGAGAUGCAGGCGCGCGUGCACGGCCUCCCCACCACCUCCCCGUCCGGCAUGAACAUGGCCGAGCUGGCCCAGCAGGUGGUGAAACAGGAGCUGCCCAGCGAGGAGGAUGCGGCCGAGGCCCUGCUGCUGGGGGCCGAGGUGCCCGACGCCGAGCCCCUGCCGGCCCGGCCCCCGCAGGCCCUGCUGCCCCCGGCCGCCCAGCCCCCCCAGCCGCCGUCCCCCUUCCACCACCUGGACUUCAGCCAGAGCCUGAGCUUCGGGGGCGACGAGGGGCCCCCCGGCUACCCUGAGGCCCUGGGGCCCGAGCACGGCUCCCUCUUCCCCACCCUGUCCAAGAAGGACCUGGACCUCAUGCUGUUGGACGACUCCCUGCUCCCGCUCUCCUCCGACCCCCUCUUCUCCACCAUGUCCCCCGAGGCCUCCAAGGCCAGCAGCCGCCGGAGUAGCUUUAGCAUGGAGGAGGGGGACGUGCUGUGACCCCCCCCCCCCCACCGGCCCCGCGCCAGGGACGGGGGGGGGGGGGCACCCAACCGCCUCCCCUGCCGGCAGCACUGUGUGUGACGCAGCCGCCUGCCCACUGGCCCCUGUGGACUUAGAGCCCGCUAGGCAGCCUGUGGGGGUCUGGAGAAGCCCCCCCUGCCCCCCGAGGGCGGCCCCCACUUCCCCCCCACCGCAUGGGAGAUGAAACCAGGAGGGGCAGCGCAGCGGGGACUGGCGGAGGGGCAGGGGCCAGGUCCCCACCGCAUGGACACAUCGGGUCGGGCAGUGCGGGAGCCUCCUUCUCUGGGGCAGCCCACCCUGGUGUUUGGGGGGGGGGGCUCGAAGCCAGGGGCCCACCCUCUAGCCUGCUCCUCCCCCACUCACGCGGCCGGGGGUCCCCCCCCCCAUCCCCUUCGGUGCUAGCAGCUCUCCACGCGGUGGCGUGAGGGCAGGGGUGUCCAGAGGAGGGUGUGGGUUCAGGUUGGAGUAGUGCGGGGUCCUUCCUGGACGCGCGGACCCCCGCCGGGCCCCCCCUCCCCAUUUGUGCCUUUAGUAAACACUGUGCUUUGUA